GGUUCCGCUGGUGAGUCCAGCUGCUUCCGUUUCUAAGCGAACGUUUGGUCGGAAAGUUUCAAGAAGAACCAGGUGAUGAAGAUGAUGAGGAUGAUGAAGAUGAUGAUGAGGAGGAGCUAACAGCCCAGUGGAGUGAUGCCAGCUGUAAUCCUAAUCCCAGCAUGCUGAGAAUAAUCUGAAGCUGUGAUCUGCUGCUGUGUCCAUGGAUCAGAUCACCUUCCAGCAUGACACGGUGCUGUCAGACGUUCACAUGCACCGACCCAACACACGUCACCUGAUGACACGCCUCAGCGCCGUGGGACAGCCAGUCUUCAUGUCCAGGUUCAGGAUCUUAGCUGAAGUUCGUGAUGAAGGUGGCUGUGAGGAUAAGCUCAGAAGUCCCAGGAGUGAUGAUGAUGAUGAUGAUGAUGAGGAGGGUUACGGAGACGAGGAGCCGCUCUUGGAUGAAGAUGGAGACCUGGAUGUGGCUCAUCGACCUAGAAAGGACUCGGUGGACGAUGGCGGCAGAGACCUGGUCUGUCCCAUCAUCCUCCAACAGUCUGACCCGGAGCAGCACGACGGAGACGACGAAGACGAUGAAGACGCUCAUUUUUCCAAAGACAUCAUCAGGAUCGAGCACACCAUGGCUACACCCCUACAGGAUGUUGGCAAACAGGUUUGGCGGGGGGCCCUCCUCCUGGCCGACUUCAUCCUCUCUGAGCCGGACCUGUUCAGAGGGGCCACGGUCCUGGAGCUGGGAGCAGGGACAGGCUUGACUAGCAUCGUCACGGCAACCAUGGCCAAAACAGUCUACUGCACAGAUGUGGGCGAAGACCUUCUAAGGUUGUGCAACAGGAAUGUUUGUCUGAACAAACACAUCCUGGAACCAGCAGGUGGGAAGGUGAAAGUUAAACGGCUAGACUGGCUUCAGCACAGUCUUUGCACAGAUGCUGACGGGGAGUUUAGUUGGACAGAAGAGGAAGUGGCUGAUCUCUAUGACAACGCCAGCUUCAUUCUGGCUGCUGAUGUUUGCUACGAUGACGACCUGACGGACGGCCUCUUCAGAACGCUGUACCGCCUCUGCAGCAGCUUCCGCCACGCCGCCGCCAUCUUCAUUUCUCUGGAGAAAAGGAUGAACUUCAGUCUGCGGCACAUGGAUGUUUGCUGUGAGGCCUACAAUCACUUCAUGCACUGUCUGUCCCAGCUGCAGGAUCUGCAGGAUGGACGCUGGAGGUUUAUGGUGGAACUCGUCCCCUUAAACUUCCCCCAGUUUCUUCUCUAUGAACGCAUUGAGCAGCUGGAGUUGUGGAAGAUCACUGCAUCUUUGCUUCCAUCUGAACGAAGCAGGUUGGACUCUAAUGGAGGCUGCAGCCAGAAUCAGCCGCCAUCCCGCUUUGAUCCGACCACAGAAUGACCGCAAGCCUCAAAUGUCCUCUGAUGCCUGAACGCAUCACCGGGAGCCGCCACUAGACUGUGAAAAACACGGCGCUGUUAGCCGUUAGCAGUAUUAUUCAUUCAUGGAGGUCAGAGGAAGAAGGUCUGAAAGAUUAGAAAAUCAGUCAGUAAAUUCUCUCCAUUUACUGACUGAUUUAUACAGAGAUGAAGAUUCUCAGAAUGGUGGAAGCUAACCGCUAAUCGGACAGAGCUAACCGCUAGUCGGAAACAGCUAACAGUCUGACAGGUUGUGUUUUAACUGGUUUUAGCUUUUUAAAACAAGGCAAACUAAAACAGUUCAGCUCUGUGAGAUACAGAUCUAUAAUUUCUAAAUCUUUGCAAGAAGCCAUUUUUUUUAGGUCUGUAGUCGUUAAGCUAUGGACCCGUUUCUUCGCACCAUGAGCUCAUCGCAUGGCGUGAUUUAGCAUCAGGAGGCGUUCCUCCUGAUGAGGUGAACUUUUAUUCUGCAGCUGCCACCAAUGAAACGUGUUGGAACCGACCUCAGCUAGCUGCUUAGCCUGUUAGCAUGGAGGAAUGCAGCGUCAAUUCUGUCUGAACAUCCGUUAGCUUCCCCUUCGUUCUGCAGUUCAGCGUCUCGUCUGCUGAUGAAACCUUCAGAGGUUCAAGGUUACUAAA